UAGGUCAGACUAUUUUAAGGACCAACAAAACGGCGCCGGAACAUGGACCUCAGGACUGCGAGCAGCUUGUUGUAGCGUCGCCAAGCGGACGCGUCCACUGCAGUUACUCCAGGUGCAGAGCAGAAUAAUGAGGCGCCACGGAUUGCAGAGCCCUCUGGACCCGCACCAGCUUGCAUCAUGGCUGAUAUUCUUUGCGCUGGUGUCCGGCGUCUAUGCGUUCUAUAUGCCCUUCGUCGAGGACGCGGGCGCUCGCUGGUUUCUGGUCGCUCUGUACAGCCUUUUGGUGAUAGCAAUAGUUGCACUGGACCUAUACACUAGCUACCUGGACCCGUCGGAUCCGGGCCUGAUGGGAGCAACGGAUGGGGAGUUCUUUUGCGGCCUUUGUCAGGCGAGCGUGGCGCGGAGCAGCAAGCACUGCCGCGCCUGCGACCGCUGUGUGGAGGGCUUCGACCACCAUUGCAAGUGGCUAAACAACUGUGUGGGCGCAAAGAACUACUGGCACUUCUUCGCCCUCAUCAGCAGCACCGUCAGCCUGCUCACGCUGCAGCUGGCGUGGGGCCUGUGGCUCUUCAUCAUCUCCUUCACGCAGAAGCAGGAGAUGAAAGGGCGCGUGGCGGAAAAGUACGGCAGCAGCGUAGUGUACGGUGGCUGGCAGGCGGCGCUUGCGCUGUACAUGGCCAUGUUGGUUGCAGCGGUUGUGAUGCUGGGCGAGCUGUUCUUCUUCCAUGUCGUACUCAUUAGUAAGGGCAUGACUACGUACGACUACAUCAUCGCGCAGCGCGACGCCAAACUGGCGGCGCCGCCGCCGUCAUCGGGCGACGGCGGCGGCCACGCGCACGGCCUCAAGGCCUGCAGGUCCAGCCGGGUAGCGGACCAGACCACGGCCAAGCGCAAGGUGCGCGUGGGCAUCAACCCCUGCGCCGCCAUCAAGACCAGCAAGCCCAUCGGCAACCCGGCGCAUUACGGAAAGGCGGCUGGCGCCGGCGGCGCAGCCGCCUCCGCCGCAGGCGGCGGCGCGGCCGCCGGCCUGCACGCGGCCGGCGCUGGCGCCGGUUCUGGCAAAGGACUGGAGGGCGUGGUGGGCAAUGGCUCGCUCAAGGGCAGCCUGGGUAUUUCGGACAAGGCGGGGGCGGGCAGCAUGCAGGACAUGGUGGCGAGGGCGGUGGCGGAGCAGCACCACCACGCGGCCAAGGCCGGGCUGGGCGCCGAUGGCAACUUUGACAGCGCCCUCAUCUCGGCGCUGCAUGGAGGAGCAGGAGCAGGUGCUGGUGCCGGUGCCGGCGGGCUCAGGGAGCCGGCGCUGCUGGGCGCGGCGGCGCCGUCGGGGACGGUGUCGGCACAAGGCUGCGUGCCAGAGUGCAGCGGAGAGCACCGCGGCGGCGCUGGAGCCGGCGGCAUGGAUAGCUCGAGGCAGAACUUUACGUCGCUGGCGAGUCAGUCGCCGCCGCCGGCGCCCUCGGCGCACCACCAACACCACUACCACCAGUCGCCUGGGAAGGCGGGGCCGGGGCCAGGGUCGCAUGCAGCGGCCGCAGCGGCCGCGGUACACGGGUCUCCAGCGCGGUCGCCGGGGCAGCUGACGUUGGGCGUGUCUGACACGCCACCUGGGUCGUCAGGGCCCACGCCGGCGCCGGCGCCCAGCAGCAACGCUGCGGCAGGGAGCUUUGAUGCAGCGCUGCCGGCGGUGGCGGGGAGACAUCUGGGCGGCCAGGCGGCCGCCGCCGCAGCGACUGGUUCGCCCGCUGCAGCGACGCUAGUUGCAGCUCCGCACCCGCCGCCGGCAGCGGCGGGCUCGCCAGCGCUUGGUAUGCCGCCGGCAUCGGCGCGCGUGGGGUCAUUGCCGCCGAUUCGGCUACCGUCGGGGAGCGGUGCCGUGCCGGCGAGUCCUCCGCCGGCGUCGGCCGCGCAAAGGAGUCUGAUGUUUCCAGCGAAGACUCCCAGCGGCAACGCCCGGGGUGCUGCCGAGGCGCGGGCAUUUGGCGGCGGCCGGGGACAAGUGGCUGUCAUGCCGGAGUGAGCUAGCAAGGACCCUGCAUCUUGUACUCAGUUAUGAGUCAGUCAUAACUGACAGCCUUGUACUGCAUUUACUCUUUGUUUGGGGUGGACGAGUGCUCAAGAACGUUACGUAGCUGGUCUGGCGCACUCUCUGAGCGCGUGAAGAUGCAAGCCGCGCGGCGAGCGCUCCUGGACCAUCCUUUCGGAAGCGCCUCUCGCUGAUACGAGUGAGCUGUCUGGAAUAGAUUGCAUUUAUGCAUGCUAUGUAUGGUGUGACUGAUUUGCAUAGUGAACUACUCCGGCGGUGGCAAGGCAACCACUGCGUUCAGGGCCUGUGUCAGGAGACCGUACCGUGUGCAAUUGGGUUUGCGUCGGUUAUGAUGAUGGUGUGCCGUUGCUUCGUACUAGCCAGUGUUAUGCAGCGGCGAAGCGACCCUACAUGACAGGCGUCAGGGACUGGGCGUGUGGAGCAAGGGUUGGAUGGAGGGCUGGCCUGGGCGGCGAGCGCAUUGCAAACAUAUGCGUCGCGCCUAGAGCACGAUUGUUGUACCUUUUGCAUUCUUCGAGUAUGUAGCAAGGUAUAUGUAAUGCAAGAUAAGC